UCCAUGUACAUACAAUACUCUAAAUUCACAUGGGUGAAAAAUUUAAGGAAUAUAUUGUAUUCAUAUAGUCAUUCACUAUAUGGAGCGUCUUCCCUACUCAUUUACUCAGGUUUGAGUUUGUCACCUUUGUCACCUAUCAUACACUUGACACAUUACGGUAUAUAUGUUGCUUGAUAUGAAAAAUAUUAACCUUUAGUUGAAAGAUUUUUAUCACCCUCUCGAAUGAUUGAGGGUUUAUGCCAUAUGUCUUUCAGGGUCGCUACUCAUAGUCCCUUUCUCUCACACAAAGAAACUCCUAUCCACCUCUCUUUUGUAGAGUGUAAUAUAUAAAAACAUUAUUGUUCUCCCAAUUACACUUGCUGGCUGGGCAAAAAUAAAUCAAAAGAAAAAUGGGGUGAAACUGUGAAUGUAUAAAUUUCUAUUUCAGUGUUGUUGUUCAGGCAUGCAUUCCAGUCCCAUGUGACUCACCUCAAAGUGGAGCACACGGGGUAAACCUAAUUACUUUUCUUGUAUUAUAUGCAUUGUACCAUUCAUGCAAACAUCUUAACAGGCCAGCAACAUAACUUCAAUUUGCAAGGUCUCACUGUGACAUUGUAUAACACAGAAUAAAAGCUCUGUAUGCUUGACAAGUUUAUUUAAAGAGUAAACGGUGCCUCCAUUUGUUAUAAUCUCAGUUUUAUUGGCUGCAAUAGCUACAUUGGGCUUUAUACCAGCUGAAUUGAGAGCAGUGCACUUGGUGUAUCAUGAUUAAAAAACUGAAUUAUACUGAGUGGUGAAUAAAAUGAGUCGAUUAGCCCCUUCCCAUGCCUUCUGAAACAAUAGGCCUAAACAUUUAAGCUAUUGUUUGCUGUUAAGGAAUUAUCCAAAAUGUGCCAGGCAAGCAAUGCAGAUAACCACGUUAGGAGAGUCACCAUCAGCUGAGCUGAGGAGCAGAAAGGCAGAGAGAGAGAGAGAGAGAGAGAGAUUUUUUCUUUUGGGUGCUGAUAGGUGGGAAUGAACAUGGCUCUAAGCAUGGAAUAAAUGAUGGAAUGAUAAAGUGAAGUGAAUAAUGUGAUAUUGAAGCAUUAGCAGAAAGACUAUUUCCUCUGACAAGAUAGCUGUACUUUUGUGAUGAGUAGACAGAUGAGAAAAUAGGAGCCAGCUGGUCAAUGUCAGCAGGUUUCCGCCGUUGGACAUUCCCAAGCAUUUUGGCCCCUAACAUCAAUGAGGCCUCAAGUAAGGAUAUUAAUCCUUCACUGCACAGGAAUGCGCUGUCAUGGGGUGUGUGGCGGGGGCAAGAGGAGAAGGAGAGUGUGUCUCUCAGAGCAAUAACACACUCUGCCUACUCUCAGACUGCAGAUAGUGGUUCCAACCUGUUCAGGACUGCAAGUGUCCCAGAUGUGGUGGGAAGGAGUCAAAAGACAGCAUUCUCUUCCAUUACCAUUGCAGCCAGGAAGGUUUUGCCAUUACUUUCCACCUCACAGGACCCUGGGUAUUCACCCACUCUAAUACAGCCUGUGAAGGUAUCAUCGCCACCAAAACUACCAGAAAAUUUUGAAGGAAGCGCCUCAUCCAUAAUGACGACCACAAUGAGAGUCUCAAACUCCCAACCGGGCGUGUGCAGACAGAAUCCUAAUGUGACCCCUAAUGUGUUCAGACAGGACUUCUCACCAGCUGAUGGACUGGCAGUGAGAGAAAGAGGAAAGAGGAAAGUACAACAAUGCAGAUGGAGCUUCACAGAGGGAGACAGAAAGCAGGACAUAAUAGGUGGUUCAUUAAUGAACCUGUCCUCACAGCCUUACUACCAGUCUUGUUUCCAUCUUGAGGUGCCUCUGAGGACCACUAGUUCUGUUGUGUUUUUGGACAAGUCACUUUCCAUUUCCCUCAUGAAACUAGAAGGAAGAGGUGCAGGCCAACCCACUUUGUACAGGUCCACCUUGUCUGUUCGCCUUGGUGUCUCAUCUUGCCGCAGAUCCUCUACGGAUAACAAACCAGCCAAAGCAAAUGAGAGUUAUGGGAGAUCCAGAGCAGCCACGUUGGGUCAUAACAAAUGCAAUGGCAGAGAGAGUGGUUUGGGUCACUGCAGAGGCCCUCUAUCAAAGCACUGGGGCCACAAGGUUGAGGAAAUAGCCCCCGCUCAUGGUGUUAACAGCAAGGCAGAUGAUUCAGACAUGCAGCACGGCAGUGCUACUUUGGGAAUAUUGUCAUUCAGAGGGCCAAGUCCCUCCAACACAAAGGCUGGAAGACAGAAGGGGAAUGCAGAUGAGGCAGACUUCCCUACGCAGAGCAAUUUCAGGCACAGACAACACUCUUCCAAAAUUGGCCCAGGUAUGAAUUUCAUCACCUUGCUUCAGAAGAGAAAAUCUCAAGUACCCAUGCCAAUUGAUCUGUAUUGUCCUUUCACUCUACCUCUCACUUUUUGAUUUAUACUUUACGCACUGUUAAUAGACUAAAACUGACCACACUUCUCCUACUGUACAUUCACACAGUUUACAAUAAAUCCCAACUGCUGCA